AUGGUCUCUCCUAUUAUAUCGUCCAAAGACGCAAUCAGCGAAGCCCCCAAUCAUGAUAGAUCAAUCUCUUCGUCACAACCAGGACAGGAUUUAAACCACGUUGGCAAAGAGGAAAAUCCCAUGCCAAGUGGCGAUAAAGUGGAACUAACCGAAGCUGCCUGUUAUGACAAGCUCGGAUACAGCUUUCCCGUCUGGAGGAAAUGGAUGAUUCUCUGCGUGAUGUUCUGCAUCCAGAUAUCCAUCAAUCUCAAUGCAAGUCUAUACGCCAACGCUGUGCUGAAGAUUUCCGAGAAGCACAAUGUCAGCGAACAAGUUGCGAGGAUUCCCCAGUUAACCUUUCUCUGCGCUUACGCGUUCGGAUGCGAACUCUGGGCGCCGUGGAGCGAGGAGCUUGGGCGCUGGCCCACACAACAACUCAGUCUAUUUCUCGUCAAUAUAUGGCAAUUGCCCUGUGCCUUUGCACCCAACUUCGCGACUUAUGUCGUGGUUCGUCUGCUUGGGGGGUUGAGCACGGCAGGAGGUUCAGUGACCCUGGGCGUCAUUGCAGAUAUGUGGGAGCCUGAUGAUCAAGAAUAUGCCGUUGCGUUCCUUGUGUUAUCAUCUGUCGGAGGAUCAGUCGUUGGAGCUGUCGUCGGUGGUUUUGUGGAAGUACGGCAGCCACUAGCUUGGAUCUUCUGGGUUCAGCUCAUCGCCGGUGGCUCAGUUCAGUUGAUGCAUUUCAUAUUGGUCCCGGAAACCAGAGCUACCAUCAUCCUUGACAGGGAAGCAAAAAAGAGACGCAAAGCGGGCGAAUCGAAUAUCUGGGGACCGCACGAGCUCCACGGCUUUUCUCUCUCCGCGAGAGAUAUGGACGGUUUGGAUUCGACCGUUUCAUAUGCUUUUCACCGAGCCUAUUGUGAUGUGGCUUUCCCUCUUGAGUGGAUUCAGUGA